GCCAUGUGCCAGGGCUCUGUAUCCCACCGUUUUUAGGUGCUCCUCCAAAAAUAGAGCCCUUUGCUGUUCUUAGAAACCUGUACAAGAUGGAACUUUCUGUCACUGCUGUGCUGUUGUCCUAUUUAGCACCAGCUCUGGGAUCAGCUUUUGGCAGGGAAAUGCCAGCUUCCACAAUGGAUGAAAUUCACGAGUAUGACAAGCCAUUUCAUUAUGAUUAUGAAUCUCUGAGGAUUGGUGGUAUGAUCUUUGCUGUCAUACUCUUCCUGAUGGGGAUCUUUCUCAUUAUCAGCCGGAAAUGUCGCUGCAAAGGGAACAAAUCAAAGCCAGUGGGACUUGAUGCAGAGGCAGCCAGAGGUGCAAAAUAAACAGAAGGGGGGAAACAGGAAGCAUGGCACCCUAAGGAGAAAUCAAGUGGAGUGUCAAACCUUUUGUAGACGGCUAGCCAUUUGGAAGAAGAAAAGGCCACCUGAGGAUUUAGUCCUUCUCUAGUUUUCCUCAUAAUUCUUUUAAAAUUUUGUAACAUCUUUGUUUCUUGGAUACAUGAACGUAUGUGCUCUUUUUAAAAAUGUAAACUUUUGAUUAUCUGCUAGGACUACUUUGCCGUUAUGUUUAAUUCAGCAGCUGAUAUGUUUUCUUUAGAGAUUGUUUCUACUUUUUACAGUUUUUGACAGUAUAUGCACACUUUCAUGUACUUUUCAGCUCUCAGUGAAGUUUAUAAACUAUACGUAUGUGCAAUGCUGACAGGCUGAAGGAAAUUACUAGGCCUUUUAUACAUUUUGUAAAUUCUGUCUUCAGUUUUUGUCACCUUUGCUGAAUUAACAAGUCAAACUGUAGAGUAUUGUUGUUUAAAUAAAGUGAUUUCAAUGGAGUCUCUGUUAAGUGUCAUGUUGAAAAUGACAUAACUCCUCUUGCACACAUUAUGUGAACAUUGUGCUUGGCACCUGUCCAAGUCGGUCUCAAAUUGAGCCUUCUAAAUAGUUGACCCUGUUAUUAGUAAUAGUACACACAAUUUAGUUUUGCAGCCGUGUCACUGAUGGCACGUUUUUAGCAGUUGUAAACAAUCCCUUGAUUAACAGAGUGGUCAGUAGACUAUUCAACCCUUAUAUAUGUAAAAUAUAAAUGUUAUUAGUUAGAAGGUAAUGUGCUUAUAUAAUGUAACCUGUUACUUACAGUCAAACAUAUGCGUGAAGCAUGAACAUUACUUUGAGAUUAUUCAUAGUCAAAUAUGCAGCAAAGAUUUCCUGUCAGUCAUACACCUUUUUAAGUUGAUAGUAAACCAUCCACUUUUAAAGGCUUUCUAAGAAAGAUUUCCAUGAACAUCCAGGUCCCAUUCUUUCCUCAGACAGGGCCCAGUCCUCUUUUUGGAUUAGGUGGUCUUCUGCACCAGGUGUUGUGUGUUAGGUUUCGUCUGUAUUGUUUAGCUUGGAAUCCCCAACCCAUUGAGUGAUUGCGGGAGGUGUGGCGCAUAAGCUUGUGCUUUACGCAGAUGAUAUUUUAUAAUUAGUCUCUGACUACUAGAUCUAUGCCUUGCCUCCACAGAAUUAUUCAAGUUCUCAGGAUAAAAAGUAAACUGGUCUAAAUCUGAAGCUUUAGCUUUGACCGCAUACUGUCCAUUAAUGGCCUUCCAGUGGCCCACACAGGGCAUUAGGUAUUUGGGAAUUUUAUUCCCAGCAAAUUUGUCUGAUUUAGUCAGUUCAUUUUUAUCCCUUAAUAAAAAGGUUUUCGAAUGAUUAGGACAGGUGGGCUUCAUUACAUUUAUCGAUGAUUGGGAAGAUUAAUGUUAUUAAAAUGAUACCUGAUACCUGUAAUACCUGUUACGAUCUCUCCCUGUAGAUGUCCCCCUCUCUUAUUUCAAGCAAAUUUAUAGCAUAUUCAUUUCCUUCAUUGGAAAUGGUAAUUGUUCCAGGUUAAAUUUCAAUAAUUUAGGCCGAUUAAUAAAGGUGGGUUAGGCCUACCCAAGAUUUUGUUUUAUUAUUAUGCAUUCUGUCUAGGACAUUUGGCUCAUAGCUCGCUUCCACCUGAGAGAGUCCCUCCCUGGUUUUGUAUUGAAAAGGAAAUUCUUGCAUGUAUUACUCCCUGCUAAUCCAGAGUCUGAGGGAUGGAGCUUUAAACUCUCUCAAAAGAUUAUGGGAGGAAGAUUUACAUUUGUUUUUGGAGGAGGGAGUGUGGGCUACAAUUCUUAAAAACAUCAAGUCUGCAUCUAGAGAUGCAAGGGUGCACCUUAUGCAAUUUAAGAUUUAACAAAUUUUAUUGGCUUCUAAAUUGUACAGGCUUGGUCUUAAGGACACACCCUCCUGCUGCCGUUCAGAAGAUGGAGACACAACCCAUGUUUUUUGGGGGUAUCGUAAGAUUCAAGAAUUUUGGUUGAAGGUGCAAAGUUUUGUAUGUGAGGUGUUGAACACUUAAAUCUCGUUCUGCCCCAGACUCUGUAGUUUGGGAGAUGGGGAAGUCAUACAUUUGGAGGAUAAGUACAUAAAAAAAUUUGUUUUAACCUGUGUGAUGAUUGGUAGGCAGGUUAUUUUAAGGGAAUGGAAGUCAGAUGGAGCACCCUCGUUCUCAGAGUGGUGUGCGGAGAUGGGGAGGGUGGCUGCUUUCACGGAGGGGCCAAGCAGAAGGCUGGGGUUUUGGAAUUUGUUUGACAGGAAAUGGGGCAACUACUUAGUGUUUUGGGGGGACUCUUGUGGAGUGAGUGAUUUAGUUUUAAUUAUACAUGAUUAUUAUAUUUUCUUUUUUUCUUCUGUAUAUUCCUAUUUGUGACCACAGGGGUGUUUGUUGGGGGUUAGGUGA